CAUCAUUUAGAGAUUCCAACUCCACGAACUACUUAAUUACUGUUCUUCCUGUUCCAAUUGUCAUAUUACCUUUCGAGUCAACGAAGGUUUUGAAAAAGAAGAACUAUGGCUCUUCCUGUGGAUAUCGACAGCAUUUCUCUGACGCAGCAGCUGAGUUCGCCACCCAAAGCAUCAUUGCAAAUACUCGGGACGCACAGUGUCAACCAAGACAACAACUUCAUUGAUUUCGAUAUCUGGGUUGACUGCACGAAAAAAUCCGGAAUCGCAUCGGCCAAGUUCCUGACAGACAGAGAAGCUGAACCUCGCUCUUGGAGCUACUCGGCUGACCACGAUAACGACGACCCUAAAGUUAUAUUGGCCGGAUGGCUGGAUGACUGGUUAAAUCAUAUCAGUACGGACGAUCGAAGCUGGACUCUUUGCAAAUCAGGUCAUUUCACCGAUGAAAAAUGCACUGCCCUGGAACGUCAUCUCGAGCGCCUGGCACGGAAGACUGCCUACGGCGGGACUGUCGAGGUGUUGUUCCAUACGCCUUCAAUAGAAUUCGAAGCAGGAAAGAAUGCCUCAAAUGAGAACACAAACAUUGCAAAUAUUUAUGUGGAUUGGACCUUUGAGUGCCCUUUCACACCGAUCGAUCAGGUAUGGAGCGAGCUGGUCAUGAACGCGAUGGUGGACCAUAUGAAGGGCUGGAUCGAGCCGCAUCUACCGAAGCCCUCACACGGGAUGUCUCCUUUUCGGAGGGCAAUGAGAGCCAACGGUACUUCCGGGAUUGUAUCGCAAGAGCAGGAUGCUAAUGAAGUAACGCGCUCGCUACGGCAGUUCUCAUCAUGGGGUUGUGGCAGCCCAGUGUAAAAAGAUCAAAAACUGCAAAUUGUCAAUUUAGCAAUUCGCCCUCAUUGCCCUGACAUUGAGCUGGCUG